AGAAGAUAAGACCUCACGGUCACAACAGUAAUCUUCUCUUUAUUAACGUCUAUAAAAUCUUCAGAACAGCAACGCUACCAGUGUCUCGAGCGAAGCGAUCAAACUUCACUCUCUCUCUCUCUCUCUCUCUCCGUGAAGGGGUGUCCUGAGAUCACAUUGAACAAUGGUGAAGGCUGUUGUCGUUCUGAGUAGCAGUGAGGGUGUCAGUGGCACCAUCUACUUUACCCAAGAAGGAGAUGGUCCAACUACUGUAACUGGAAGUAUCUCUGGUCUUAAACCUGGUCUUCAUGGCUUCCAUGUCCAUGCCCUUGGUGACACAACAAAUGGUUGCAUGUCAACUGGACCUCAUUUUAAUCCUGAAGGCAAGUUGCAUGGUGCUCCAGAAGAUGAGGAACGUCAUGCGGGUGACCUAGGGAAUAUCACUGCUGGUGAAGAUGGUACUGUUACUGUCAACAUUUCUGAUAGUCAGAUUCCUCUCAGUGGACCAAAUUCAAUAGUUGGAAGGGCUGUUGUUGUCCAUACUGAUCCUGAUGACCUUGGAAAGGGGGGACAUGAACUCAGCAAAAGCACUGGAAACGCUGGUGGCAGAAUAGCCUGUGGUGUUAUUGGUCUUCAGGGUUAAUCUAAGGAUACAGUGUCUAGUUUUUAAUGCGUAGUCCGUGAAAAUGUCUCUUUUGCCUUUUGAGAUUGCGAAGACCACUAUUAAAGACCACCUGUUAUAGUUCUCGGAUUUUGGUUGUUCUCUACUAUAAUCGUAGUCUCGUCUUGUGUUUUGUAUAAAAAAUAAAAAUCCUACAUCCUCCCCUCUUGUGAAGUGUUUCUUAGACAUGGUUUUUGUUAUGAAAUUUGUGUGCCUGAGGAAUGUUGAAUUUCU